UAGUCCACUUACUGAUCAUACAUCGAGGAGUAUAAUACCUUCUGUUCCCCGAAAGACCACCGUGAUAAGAUUAUAAACCGCAGCGAUAUAUUUUUACGAUACGUUCUACUGCCGCUGCCUUAUAAGUUGCGGAAUUUUUGCCAGGCAGGCUUUUAAUAAAUCUUGCCUCUGCGGGGAGGAGGCAUCAACCCGCGCACGACACUCCAUCUUUAAGCAACUAUGAUGUCAAAGACAAGAUUUCUACUGCCACUAAUACUCGCCCUAACAACUUGCUGGGCGAGCAAUCCUAUUUUCGACGAUGUACCUCCACAAUUCUUCCAAGAAACUUUAGACAAUUUGCCGAGCUUCAGAUUGCCGGAGGAUAUCAAACCUACACACUAUAAUAUCACAUUGAAACCAGUUUUUAACACAUCCAAAGACGAUAAUUUUACUUUUGCGGGAGAGUCUGUGAUCAACCUUAACGUUGUAAACAAUACGGAUAGAAUAAUAUUCCAUGCCAAGAAUUUGAAUAUCAGUUUUCCUCCAUUGGUCGAAUCUACAGUGACAAAUCAAACUAUAACUGUAUCAAAAAUGAUAAAAGAUGAGGUAGAAGAGAGAGAUUUCAUAACACUCAUUUUGGAAAAUAAAGUGAACAUGACCGACUUAUUAACAUUAACUUUGGAGUUUACUGGAAUCUUGAAUGAUGAUUUACGUGGAUUCUACAGGAGUUCUUAUAAGGAUGAUACAACGGGCGAAGAAAUAUGGCUCGGAACGACUCAAUUUGAGCCAGUAGGAGCGAGACUAGCAUUCCCAUGUUGGGACGAGCCUGGAAUAAAAGCAACUUUCACCAUUACUAUUGUAACUCCUAAGAGUCCCGUAGAAUAUCAUGCAAUUUCGAAUAUGAAGAUUAAUACCACAACAAAAGAAACUCCGGACAACACAACGAUUUUCAAUACGUCACCAAAGAUGUCUUCCUAUCUCGUGGCUUUUGUAGUUUCAAAUUUCGAAAACAAUACAAAUAAAGAUAAGGAUUUCACUGUUUGGGCCAAACCUCAGGCAUUCGAUAGCACACACUUUGCUCUCGAUAUCGGACAACGAGUACUAAAACAACUAGAGAACUAUACCGAGAUUGAGUACAAAAAUUAUCAAGGAAUGCAAAAAAUAGAUCAAAUUUCGAUUCCAGAUUUUGCAGCCGGUGCUAUGGAGAACUGGGGUCUUGUAACAUACAGAGAAUCCGCACUUCUCUACACAGACAAUAAGACAACUACAGAAAACAGACAGAGUAUAGCGACAGUGAUAGCUCACGAAUUCUCUCAUCAGUGGUUCGGAAAUUUAGUGACUUGCAAGUGGUGGGAUUCCAUCUGGCUAAACGAGGGAUUUGCCACUUUCUUCCAAUAUUUUACCACCGAUAAGAUUAUGAAAGACAAAUCAGAAGACUGGCGUCUUAUGGAACAAUUUGCAAUAAAAAAUCUGCAAGCAUCUGCAUUCGUUGUUGACGCAAGUAGUAAAACUCGUGCAUUGCAUCCUAAAAACAGUGCAAAAACGCCUGCUCAAAUUUCAAGCUUAUUCGACGACAUUGCUUACAAAAAAGGUGCCUCUAUUAUUCGUAUGAUGCAACAAAUCUUAGGAGAAAAGGUCUUCCAAGAGGGUCUAAAGCACUAUCUCACUAUUCACUCAUUUAACGCCGUUAAUUCUGAAGAUCUCCUCGAAGCCAUCCAAAAUAAGACAGAAGAUGUUGAAUUUAAAACAGUCAUGAAAAACUGGAUAUAUGAACCCGGAUAUCCUGUUAUCACUGUCACGAGAUUCAACGACACACAUUAUAAUUUAACACAAAAUCGAUUUUUCCUGGUACAACCAACAAAUCCAGAUAAAACUGAAUGGCACAUACACGUUGACUAUGUUACACAAGACGAAAUCAAUGACGAAAUCAAGGGCUGGUUGAAACCUGGAGAAACACUGCUCAUACCAAACGAUAUCAAAACAAAUAAUUGGGUACUUCUUAAUAAGGAUCAAACUGGAUAUUACCGCGUAAACUACAACGAAGAAAACUGGAAACGUUUAGCGGCAUUCUUGAAAACAGAAAAUGGCACACAUAUAAGCGCGGUUAAUCGCGCCCAGUUGAUUGACGAUGCACUAAAUCUCGCACGUGGAGGAUACUUGCAGUAUGAUGUGGCAUUGAGUAUUACAGAAUAUCUAUCAACAGAAACCGAUUACAUCCCAUGGUACGCGGCUGUCAGAGCAUUUAAUUAUCUGGACAAUGUAUUACAAAAUUCAACAGCAGACUAUCAUGGAUACGUUGCAAAUAAGAUAGCGGCCUUUGCACAGUCUGUCGAAUAUGAAAAUCCAUAUGAUGGGACGCAUGUAGAGAAACUUGCCAAAGUAUUAGCGCUGAACACGGCUUGUAAAUAUGGAUUGAAGGCCUGCAAUGAGUUUGCUGUGAAUGAACUGAAUGAAUAUUUGAAUAACGCAAAGACACUCCCGGCGGAUUUGAGAAGUGGAAUUCUUUGCGCCGGAUUGCGAACAGCAAACAACGAAACAUUGCAGAAGGCUCUAGAAAAGCUCUACAAAAAUGCUACUAAAGACGAACAGGCGGACAUUCUGGCUGGUCUUGGUUGCAUCACAUCUGAAGAAGUUGUAAACGAAUUCCUCAAGUCAACUCUCGACACAGAUUUGCUCUAUGACGCAUUGAAUUCAGUUUGUACGAGUAACACCGCGUCCUUCAAUAUCCUCAUAAAAUUCAUAGUAGAAAAUAUCCAAAAAAUCCAACAGAAUCCGGAGGUGCUUGCUGCCCAUUUUAAUAAACUUGCCAACAGAAUCACAACUACCGAGCAAUAUAUAGAGUUAAUGUCACUUGUUACAAAAGUGCUAUCAGAAGAAGUUCAGAAAACAUCCUUAGAUGCAGGAUUGGCUAAUGCAUUGGAAAAUAUUGCCUGGAUCAAACGCCAUCGAGAAGAAGUUGCCAAAUGGAUUGAAGACAAUUCAAAGGAACAACCCGAGCCCACGACAUCAGAGCCUGACUCUGCAAAUUCCCUAACUUUGACAUUUUUCCUUGUUUGGAAAAGGAGAGCUGGAAUGAUGAUUUUAAAACUUUCAUUACUGAAUGUCAGUUAUUGUCUAAUAUAUAUCGCAUCGUUGCACAUCAUACCGGCUUUUGUGCUUAAUUUAGAAAAUGAAUCGAAUGGAACAGUGAUUUAUCGUUUGCCAGACAACGUGGUGCCAAUACACUACAAUAUCAAAGUAAUACCAUAUAUUGAAGAGAAUAAUUUUACUUUUGACGGUGAAACCAAUAUCAGAAUCGAGAUCCGUCGUGUAACGAAAUAUUUAAGUUUGCACGCACUGAAUUUGAUGAUAAACGAAACAGCGACGACACUGGUUAACAACGAUGGUGUUAUCUACACGCCAAAAGUGAAUAAUUAUAAUAAUAUAACAAAUAUCUUAGUCCUUAAUUUCGAUGUUGAAUUACCGCUCGGCAUUUACACUUUAAAUAUGCGAUUCGUCGGUAUUCUACACAACGAUUUACACGGCUUCUUUAGAACGUUAUACAUCAAUGAAGAAGGAAAGAAAGUGUGGUUGGCCGUGUCGCAUUUCGAGGCGACUUGGGCACGACGAGCGUUUCCAUGUUGGGACGAGCCGGCAUUAAAAGCCACUUUCAAUAUCUCUAUAAAGCACCAUCGGAAUUAUACUGCUCUAUCAAAUAUGCCGAUACGAGAACAAUCGGAGGAUGGCAACGAAAACGACACGAUAUGGACGCACUUUGACACGACUCCCGUCAUGUCUACCUAUCUUGUGACGUUUGUAGUGGCCGAUUAUGUUCGCGUACCAAACAAAGAUGGGACCGUUAACAUGUGGUGCAGACCAGCAUUAGCACCGUAUUCAAUAUAUGCACAGAAGAUUGCUGAACAGGCUCAACAAUUAUUGACGGAAUAUACUAAUAGCACCAUUAAAGUUCCAAAAAUGGAUCACGUAGCGGUUCCGCAAUUCCGCGUGGCUGGUGCAAUGGAAAACUGGGGAAUCAUCGUACACUCCGAAGAUACCUUUACAUAUCGUGAAGGAAUAGAUCCGAUACAAAUGAAACUAUGGGUAGCAAUAGUAGCAGCACAUGAAAUGGCACAUCAAUGGUUUGGUAAUGUAGUCAGUCCAUCAUGGUGGUCUCAUGUGUGGUUAAACGAGGGAUUGGCGUCAUUUUUUGAAAAGUAUAUUCUCGAUCAGAUUUACAAAGAUUGGCGAAUGAUGGAGUACUUCGUGGUAAAAAUUCAACAAACUGCUCUACAUGGAGAUGUUGCUAAGCUAUUGAAUCCUGUUAUAUUUGAAGUCAACAGCCCGCAUGAAAUUGACUCACUCUUCUCUGCGUCUAUUUAUGCCAAAGCACCAGCCAUAUUGCGCAUGUUGCAGCAUAUUCUUACCAAUGAGGUGUUUCAAGAGGGUAUUAUUAGAUAUUUACAUACGCAUCAGUUUAGCUCGGUUACUUCCGACAACUUAUGGAGCGCCUUGCAAGCAGCUUUAGAUGAAUCAAAUGUGCCACACAAUGCCUACGAAUUGAAAGAGGUAAUGGAUACCUGGAUAAAACAAAGGAAUUAUCCUGUGGUACACGUGAUCCGAAACAAUGAUACCGGCGAGGUAAUACUAACACAAGAACAUUUCAUGCCAAGCAACAAGGAUAUCGAUAACAAUAAAUGGUGGAUACCUGUGACGUUUGCUACACAAACAAAUCCUGAUUUUUCUAACACUUUACCCACUCACUGGUUAAGACCGCAGGAUCAAAGUAUAAUUAUCGAUGGAAUUAAUCCAAAUGACUGGAUCAUAGUAAACUUGCAACAAACCGGAUACUAUCGUGUUAAUUACGAUCUCUCAAACUGGAAAAAAAUUACGGCCUAUCUCAAAUCUAGCAAUUAUACAAAAAUACAUGUACUCAAUCGUGCUCAAAUUAUUGACGAUGCCUAUCAUCUUACGAUGACAAAACAAUUAGAUAUCUCCACAUUUCUGGAUCUCAUGACUUACUUAGCGCAAGAAACAGAUUACAUAGCAUGGUAUCCCAUGUUUGAAAUUUUCAAUAUAUCAGAGGAGUUCUAUAACCUCGCAGAAGCAGCGAUUAUCAAAUCGCACUUACUCGAAAUAUUGAAAGGACUUGUUGAGAGUGUCGGAUUUGAAGAAGAUCCUAUGGAAAACGAUUUUACAAAAAUUAAGAGAGUCACAGCUUUAAAAUGGGCAUGUACUUUCGGUCAUUCUGAAUGCAAGAAAAUGGCAACGAUCAAAUUGAGUGAACACCUUGCAAAUCCCGAAAUACACAAAGUUUCGCCAAAUUUAAAAGAGUGGGUGUAUUGCAAUGGUAUAAUGGAAGCAAACGAGACGAUUUGGAACAAACUUAUGGAUGUAUAUGUGAACAAAUCGGACGAAGAUAUUUUAGAUUACUUGGCUUGCUCUGAAAAUCCUGAUAUUCUGAUCAAAUUUUUGAAUAUAUCUGCAUCACACGAUUCAAUAAUAAAAAACAAACAUUACAAGGAUGCCUACGGUUCUAUUCUUCAAAAGCAUGCAAACAAUGAUUUAGUACUUGACUAUGUACUAAUGAAUUUAAAUAAAACAAUUUCCAAAGGAAUCGAUAUAUACACAUUAACAACUGCUAUUAUUAACGCUGUGCAUUUUAAUGGAUCACUUGACAAGAUAAGUAAAUCUGUGAAAAGUAACUUUCACGAAGAAAAAAUACUCAAACACAUUGAAAAAGAGAUAAAAAAGCGGAAAAAUGAACUAUUGCAAGUAUUUUCCGCAUUUCAACUACCUGUACACAGAUAAGAAAGAAAAUAAAAU